UAUAUUGAUAUAAUUUAUACUUUUUAUUAUUAUAUCUAUAUUAAUAUAAGUAAAGCAAAAACUGAAGAAGAAUCGCAGUUUCUAUUUAUAAACGGUUGAAUACAACACAAAACAAAAUGGAUAUAAUAAGAGAACAUUUACUGGUACCAACGAAAUAUAUGACAUUAGCAGAUGAAAGAAUUUGCUUGACAAUUCACAAAAGCUGGCUAUCUCGAUUUUUAACGGUUGGCCCAUUUACAUUUGUCAGUCAUGAUCGUCUAUCUAAAGAUGAAAUAGCAGCACAGCCUAGUAUUGAUGAAUUGGGUGAUGAUUGGUUGAAAGUUUACGCAAAAGUAUAUAUAAAGCAAUAUAAAAAUGCAAUUCCUUUACCAAGAGGAAGACCUACCAAUACUAGUACAAAGGAUCAAGCAGAGUUAAUGUUCUCGCAAUUGCUGCAUUAUGUAGCUGAAACCAAUUAUCGAAAUCUAUGGAAAGAAACAUAUAAGAAAUAUUACAACCCUUGGAAUUUUGUUGAACAAAAAGAACAGUCUAGUAUAACUGCUAAUGUAAGUGAUGUUACUAUUAUGCAUGAAAUAUUGAAUAGAAUGUAUGGAUGUACUUUGAUACAAGUGGAACAUGGUAUAGUCUUGUCAGUAUCCAAUGGUAGAUUAUCUGAAAUACAUUGCAAUCUUGUACCAAUUCAUUAUGCCAUAGAAACACCAUCUGCAUUUAUAAUGCUUUAUGAGCAGACUGCCAAUUACUCUCUUCGCGAAUGUGUAAUGUAUAGUCCUGCUGCUCUUAAUACAAGUCAUGGAAAACCAUUAUUUGUAGUUUAUCAACUAUUGAGAUUAUCCAGAGACUUACAUGAUUGUGGUCUUGCAUUAGGAGGGAUUACACUUAGUGAUAUACUAGUCACAGACGAUUUUACUAUUCAGGUAUUACCAAAGUUAGAUGAUAAUAUUUAUCUAAAACCUGAUCAUCAAUAUAUAAAUGUUUCUCAAGAAAGUAAAGAAAAAAAUUGGGAUAGCAGUGCUUAUGGUAAAAAAAAUGGUAUAUCUUGCUCAAAUACUGACUUUGGUUUAAAUAAGAAUAUUGAGGAAUUGUGUGAGAUGUGGAUGUAUAAUUGUAUUAGCAACUUUGAUUAUUUAAUUGCGCUUAAUAAUUUGGCUGGAAGGAGAUAUGGUGAUCCUAGCUGUCAUCAUGUUAUGCCUUGGGUGACAGACUUUACUUCUAGAAAUGGUGGAAACUGGAGAGAUUUGACAAAGUCAAAAUUUCGAUUAAACAAGGGAGAUAGGCAACUGGAUCUUACAUUUGAUUCACAGUCAACUGAAGUUGGACACCAUGUAUCUGAUGUUUUGUCAGAGAUUACGUAUUAUGUAUAUCUUUCACGUCGAUAUAAUAAAUCUGUACUUUGUAAACAUGUACGACCUUUGUGGGUACCUGGAGAAUACCCGGCUUCAAUUCAAAGAUUAUAUGAUUGGAGUCCUGAUGAAUGCAUACCACAAUUUUUUACUGAUCCAAAUGUUUUUAAGUCCAUUCACGAAGAUUUACCAGAUUUAGAAAUUCCCGCAUGGGCGACUUCUCCGGAGGAUUUUAUUGAAAAACAUAGAGAAGCGUUGGAAAGUUUUUAUAUCUCGGAAAGAUUACAUCACUGGAUAGAUUUAACUUUUGGAUACAAAUUGUCUGGUUCGGCUGCCAUAAAAUCAAAAAAUGUUUGUCUACAGUUAGUUGAUAAUCAUACUGAUUUAACUAAUUCUGGUGUUGUACAACUUUUCACACAACCACAUCCACAAAAAAUUGUUCCAUCUCCUUAUUGGGGUAAAGUUCCACCACGUCUUCGACCAAUACCUUCGUCUAAUAAGAAUAAAAGUGAUCAACUUGCUAAUCGAGUCAGCGACGACGAAGGUCACAGUUCUGGUAUUGAAGAAGAAGAAUUAUCUGUGACAGUAACGAAUACAUCAAAAUCAUCGCCUCUUGUGUUGAGUCGCUUGUUGAGUCGUUCCAGAGGUUCUUUGCUUUCGGAAGAUAACAUUAAAUUGGAUAAAUUCAUUAAUCAAUCUAUUAUUCUUCCAAAGGAUUUUAAUCCUGUUGCAGCCCUCAUACAAGUGGAAACUACACAUACUUUUAUGCAUAAGGUCAAUCAUAGGAUUUACAAACCUGCAGUGGUAUCACAAGAUUUGUCUACGAAUUACAAGCAAAUUGUGGCUGGUGGACGUAUUAAGGAACAACAGAUACUUGGUUGUCUAAUAGUAGAGAUAUUUCUAGCUGGCAAAUUUCGUGCAAUUUGGAAUGUUGAAAAAGUAUCAUUUGCGCAAAGAUUUGCAACGUGUCUAAAUAUUUUGAAGACAUCAGCAGAUAAUUUACCGAAAUGUAUAAGAAACAUUGUAUCUUUGUUGUUACAAAUCGACAUUAUGUCAAAGAGUUAUAAUAUAGGCAAUGUAGAAAUGAAUGAUAUUUCAACGAUGAAUGAAACUCCUUUUCGUUAUCCCACAAUAACAUACAUGGGCCUUCCACCACCAUCUGCGCAUCAAUUUCUUCAACCAAUUUUAUCUGGUAGUCUGUUCCCAUUCUCUAAAUAUUGCCAAUAUUUAUAUAACAUUGUGGAAAUGUUGCAAGAAUACAAUGGUUUGGUACAAGAAUUAAAUUCUAUCGUGAAGAAUGAGGACGAUAUGGAUUUUGCAAUAAAAACAAAGAUAAAGUAUCUGUGUAAAAUUAAUGAAUGCAAAGUAAAAGCGAUUGCUAGAGAAUUAGAACAUUUGUUACCAUAUACUGAUGGUAUGAGAGAAGCCACUUUGCAAUUGAUAGUGCCUCAUAUAAUACGAAUUAUGGAAGAACCUUAUAGUGCAGUAUUAGCAGUAUGGCAUCUUUUUGAUCCUAUCGCAAAAACAUUGGGCCCAAAAGAUACAGCCGAUACAUUCCUUUCACCUAUUAUAAAAUUAUAUGAAAAUGGUUCUAUCAUGGAUACUACCAUAUAUACUGAUAUAAUAUCUGCAAACACACUUGCAAAAUUUCGAACUACCAGAUUAUAUCAUAGAACAUUCUUGCUGAAAUUGAUAGUCAGAUUGGGACUACGUAGAUUUUUAGACAAUUUUAUCAACUCUCUGGUAGAAGCAGUGGGAGGAUACAAAGAUUAUGUACAAGGCUCCGUUGAGACAUACACACACAGGACUGUAAAUUUAAAAAGCUGUGACUUAAGUGGACCCUGCAGUGAGGGGGAAGGAAUUUUAUCUCCCCUAGAUGAAGAUUCCUUUACAGAUACUGAACGUAAUGUUGUCCAACCAACAACCAAUGAUCAUAUAUUUAAUACAAUGACAGACAAUGAUAUUGAAGAAGUAUUUACUAUGGAAACAGAGGAUAAUUCAUGGAUUUCUUUAAAUAAUACUGCACCAUAUGAUCUACAUAUAGAUCUACAUAUAGAUCUCAAUCUAAAUGUUUGCGAUGAUUUAAAUGAUGAUGGAAACAAAAAUUCACCGAGUGGCUCUAUCAAAUCACCAACAAUUCCAAUACCUAAAUCAAAUACCAGUGGGACUAAGUUAGUAACCGAAUUUAACAGUAUUGGUUGCAAUGUCGGCAGUAAAACUUCCAGUGAAGAUUUUACUUAUGUUAGCGCAUAUUCUAAUAUUCAUUCUGAUAGUAAUCAUUCGGAAAAUAUAUGCAAUAUAGAUACUAAGGAAGACAAUUCUGCUAUGCUUCCCGUGGAACAAUCUGGGAACAAGUGCGACGCAAUCAAAUCCAAUGAGAAUCUACAUCAAUUGGAUCAUAUUUAUCAAAAAUCUACUCCAAGUGAAUGUACAAUUUCCGAAAUGAGUGCAGAAUCUGUUAUUUGGCUAUCUCAUAGACUCGGCCCGGUAUUAACGGCACGAUACUUGUCACGCAAUCUUCUAAGAAUGCUUACGUUAUGUUACGCCGGAAAAGAAAAUUUAACAUCAAUCGAUGACAAUAAUUUCGUAUGUUUGGAAGAUGUUACAUGGAAAAAACCCAUAUUAGCUGGUGAUCAAAAUGCUGUUAAGGUUUUAGAAUGCCUCACAGCUAUCGCAGGAUUGUAUGGAGAACAAAUUAUAUUGCUGCAAUAUUUUGCACAUAUGGUUGAGCUAUUAGCUUUGUGUAAAAGGAAGUUAACACAGAAUUUGGAAGGAGGUUUGAUUUCUUGUUUGGCUCUAUUAAAUCACAUUAUAGCAUAUCUUAGCGAUUCUACAUUGAUGGACGUGCUUCAUGAACCGAUCGUUAAAUCCAUUUUGCAUCCCACAGUACGUAUACUUUCAACCGCGAGAUUUACAUUUUCAAAUGGAAUACUUGCACGUGCUGCUUUGGCUGAAAAAUGUUUAGAAGCGAUGUUUACUCUUAGCUUACGACUUGGCAGUGUAAUGACGAAAAAUCAUUUAGCAGUGCCAAUUCAACGUUUCUUUCUAGCCUUUGACAAAGCUUUCAAUGAAAAUAUUGACAACAGAAUUUCAUCAGAUAGUUUAGAGCAAAAAGUAGACGUAACCUGUGAACAUUUUAUACGGACGAAAGAAGAAUCUGUUAAUAGUGGAAUUUACAUAUGGAACAAACUUGAUACAGAUAUUGCAGAUUCGUAUUCCCCUCCCGUUGUAAAAAACGACAUACCGGAUUUACAAAGAAAUAGAGCAUUUGAAGAAUUACGAGCUGUAUUCACCACUGAGUUUGCUCAUAAAGCAUACAUGCUUUUUUAUAGAUGUGUAGAUACUGAAAUGAUGGAGCAUAUUCUCAAAAAUCACGAACAUAUACAAGAACUUUGUCACGAUUACGAACAAAAAAUAAAAGGGAUUUCAGCGAGCAAUGAUAAUAUGGAUAAGUGCAAUACUUCCGUGGAUUGCGACAUAGCAGAAAAUGUAGAAUCGAUUGAUAAAGGCGUUUGCAGCUUUGGAAAUAUAUCUGUGAUAGGAAAUAGAUUCGAGAUACAGAAAGAUGAUACAAAAUCCCAAUCAGCAAUGGAGACGAAUGUUGCUGCUAAUCGUGAGACAACUUGUCUAUUAUCUGCUGGCAGACAACUACGCGGUAAUUGGCUGGCAUAUUGGGAGCAUGAGAUAGGUAGACCAGAAAAAGAUACAAUAUUUAAUAUAAAGCAGAUAAAACUUCAGACUUUCAACGGACAUACAAAUAGCGUAAGAUGUCUUUACGUGUUAGAUAAUGAAAAUAGUUUUAUGAGUGGUGGCAGAGACAAAACUGUAAAAUUAUGGAGUUUACGAAGCCAGGGUGAUGGAAAUACAAUCUCAUCGUGUCAAUAUACAUAUACUGGACAUAAAAAGUCUAUUCUAUCUCUCACAUUCUUAGAAUCUUUGAGAUACGCAGUAACAUGCGAUGGAGUGAUUCACUGUUGGGAUCCUUUUAUGGGUUCGCUUCUGGGAUGUCCAGAAAGUAAUCGUCCUUUACCUGUGAAUACUUUAGCCUCAAGUCCUUCUCCAUCUACAACUCUUCUUGCGGGAACAACUGACAUUACCCUUAGAGUUAUUGAUUGUAGAACAUUCCAAUACGUCAAUGAAAUGAAAGUUUCUAUGAAUCCAACUGGUUUAAUAAGAUGUAUCGCAGUAUCUCCUAGUGGUAAUUGGGUCGCUUUAGGUCAAGCGUCAGGUUUUUUAACAAUACUUGAUAUUCGCACUGGUUUAAUUAUCGCAUCUUGGAAAGGACAUGAAUGUGAGAUCCUGCAAUUACAAGCGAUAAAUGAAACUACCAUAGUGAGUUCUUCUUUGGACCAAACUAUAGCUGUGUGGAGUGCAAUAGAUGGAAAACUCAAAUUUCACUUGAAAGGUGCAACAGAACCUAUUCAUUGUAUGGCAAUGCACGAACAGGCAUUAGUGAUAGGUACAACGGCAAAUAGAAUUGGCGUCUAUACCGCUGUAGAAAUGACAGCUUCGUUAAGCUCAUCCAAAUUGAAAUCUGAUGCUUUUAAAGGCAUUCUUACUGCCAUGGCUAUUCUUCCUCUCAAUCAGUUAUUGUUAUUAGGCGCCGAUAACGGUGUAAUUACGCUAUUAUGUUAAAAAAAGCUAUUUACAGAACAUACACGAUUAAACUAUUAUUAAAUAUUUAAAGAGAAAAAA